ACUGGGGAAUUUUAAAACUCCGCAUUAUGAUCAUUAAUAGAUGGCAUUUAAUGGAAGUUAUCAGAUUUCAAUAGGCUUAUCUAUUGACUAUUGAACAUUUUAUUUUGGAGAUUUUAACAGUGUUUUAUAGUUAUGUAAGUCAAAAACAAGAUAAUAAAUAUACUGUCGAAAUUAACAUGCGAACAAUAAAAGAUGAAACAAACAGGUCACGGGAAGUUAAUUCAGAAUUUGUAAUCAUAUCUCAGUGAAGCAUCUUCGUUGUCAAUGAGUACCAACGAUUUAAUAGUUGAUGCCGACGAGGAUAUUCAAAAAAUAUAUUUCUGUUUUAGAAUGGUUGGUAGUUGAUUCCGAUAAGGAUAUUAACAAUUUUGUGUAAGAAAGUUUGAUAGUUGAUGCCGACGAGGAUAUUUAUAAUUCUGCAUUAGAAAGUUGAGUAGUUGAUGCCGACGAGGACAUUUCCAUUUUAGUAUUCGAAAGGUUGGUAGUUGAUGCCGACGAGGACAUUUUCAAUUCCACAUUAGAAAGGUUGGUAGUUAAUGCCGACGAGGAUACAUUUUUCAUCACCAAGAAACUCGUUCCGUUAGUCAGCAAUCUCCCACAAAGGGUAUUCGCUGGUAGCCGGUACCAGACUGCCGCGUGAUGACGGAACCACACGUCUUGCAACUGUCACCGGAACAGGUGGUUGAACUCCGGAAGUUCAUUGAUGACAGGAAGUGGCACGUGCCCGUGGACACCCUCGACGCGUACAAGCGCAAGACGGAGGUCGCAGAGACGUACAUUAAAGCUCUCACUCGACCUACAACGGCUACUUUAAAUGGACGCCACAGUCCGGAAGCAGUGCGCACCCUCGGACCUGUUGCAAUGCGACCGAAACCCCAGAGAAUAAGGUCAGAGUCUGAUCUGCCCACUUCCGGUCAACAUCAGAGAGUUAGGUCAGAACCCGGCCCGCCCACUUCCGGUCUCGGACAGGGGCCAUUGAGCCCCUUUAAUUGUGAAAAAGACUUUGAGCAGAUGCGAAUGGAGGGCAUCCAAUACAAGACUUCUUUUAAAGGCAACUUCCGGCGUGGCAGCACGCGGAAAGGAGCGACCCCUGAAACGGUGCAUCCCCAGGGGGAGUGGCGUAAGUCAGGAGUUGGGAUGCUCGGGGAGCUCUCGGAUACAUCUGACAUCGCUUUCCAACACUUCCUCGUCGCCGAUACAUCCACGGUCAAGGUUAUAACACGGUUGAGCACUGACCACGUGGCCAGCGUCUCUCGUGUGCCCGUGCGUAUCGUGCUGCUCGUAGACAGAAGCGGAAGUAUGCUGCAAAAGAUCGGCCGCGACACUAGGCAUACCAAAAUCACCAAGGUAAAGCAUUUCGCCCUUCAGCUGAUCUCAAGCCUGGACGAGGGGGACCAGGUUGCCAUAGUUACGUUCGGGGAUGACGGGGACAUUUUCUUUCCGCUUACAAAGCUAGACGCCAAGACCAGGCCACUUUUAUCAGAGAAGGCGAGGCGCCUGGACCAGGGAACGAUGUCCCUCGUGACCAACCUGUCCGCCGGCAUUCGCACCGCCCUAAGGGUCUUCUUCCAAUCCUUUAAAGAUGAGACGGCGUAUCUUGAGAGCAAGAACUCCAUUCUUAUCUUCUCGGACGGCGAAAUAAACGCGGGUACGACGGAAGCGAUGCAGCUGGUGCACGAGACGCGACAGAGCAUCCGACAAAUGGUUCCAAGCCUCGACGACUCCCAGAACCAGUGGGUCACCAUCUCCGUCGUUACAACGGGAAGCGGUAUCUCCGAGGCCGCGUACAUGCUGUCCAAAACGUGUAGCAGCGAGGCAUAUUACUACAUUAACAAAGACACCGAGGACACGGCAACCGCCCUCUUUCUUCCGGUGCUCCUCCGGAAGACGGCCGUCGCCUGGAACAUCUCUUACGUCAUUCAGGCGCGAAAUGGAAUAGAGUUUGUGGACGACAAGUGCUCGCGGGAUAACCGCAUCCGGUUGCGGCGAUCCAUUUCCGGUCACGGAGAUUCGCGCGAGAAGGCCUUCUUCAUGUACGACUUUCCGGCCGGGCAUGCGCGCCAGCUCGGCGUCUGCGUCCGCUGGAAUGGAGAGGAAUCACUCAACUCGUUCGAUGACGACGAAGCAAUGUUGAAACUUAGGGUCGAAUUUACAAACAUUAAAGGAGAGAGAUUUUGGCAAGAACAAAUAAUUACAAAGGAAGAUAUUAUUGACUCCCUACGCGAAACAAACAAAAAUGAUGACGCUACCGCGGCUGUGUGCAAACAUGAGAUGCAAAUGGUUUCCGCGGACGUACUGCACGCUGCCGCCGAGCAUGUCAAGGCCGGAGACAAUCGGAAGUCGCGUGCCGUCAUGCUGGACGGACAGAAAAGUCUCCAGGCCGUCAUGGAUGAGUACGGCGCCAAGUCUCACACUUCAGAAUCUGCGGUGGCUACCGGGGCCGUCCUUAAAUCAUACGCAAAGUCGGUAGUCGAGAACCUGGGCGCACUGAUAGACACAGUAGAGCAGACGUCGAAAGGAGAAGCAUGGAACAAAAUGAAGGCGGUCUCAACUGCGAUCUCGCGAGAAUCCCCGAACAUCGAAAACACGGUGGUGAACGAAGAUGUCCUCUGCCCGUUACCUGUGAUCGGCCACUUUGAGACGGACGCCAUGAAGGACCCACUGAAGCGCUUGAUGGGGCACAAGAGAAAUAACCGUAUGUCGCUCGGUCUCGAAAAACUAUUGGAGGAAACCCUUACUUUGUAACUGGCUGUUUGCUGUAAUAAUUUCACUGUCAAUGUAAUUUAUUGUUGUAGUGUACUAAUACACACGUCAACGUUAUAUACUAUGUGCUGUGGUGUAACCAUACUACUUUCAACGUAAUGCUUUGUUCUAGAGUAACGAUACGCCUUUCAAAUUACAUGUAUGGUCUUUUAAAAACUAAUCAUUAUAGGGCAAAUUCAUUUACCACGAAUCUUGACAAUUUAAAAUCUAUCGUAUCUAAGCAGAAGCAGAAGCAGAGGAAGCCAAAAUCACAUAUAUAAGUAUAUUUUUUGUAUAAUUAAAAUAAGCUACUUAAGCCUGUUUAACUUAAAAAGUUUCGAGUAAUUAGGGCCAGGGCAGUGAUUACGAACAGUCGCAAGUCUGAGUUCAGACUCAAGACUCAUUAUUUCAAAACUUCAUUUCAUUGUAAUUUUCAUUCUAUUAGUGUAUUGAUGGUAAAAUUUGCUGAAAUAUAUUACUGUUUGAAUGUUUUACUAAUAUUUACAUUUUUUUGUAAAAGAAAUGGAAUAAAUAUGAUUUUUUGUUUCUUUAUAAAAAUGAUUUUCUGAGUCUGAGUCUAGACUUGGACUUGAGACUGUUCGCAAUCAUGGCCCAUGGUGUCUAGUCCCUUUAAACUGUGGGACAAACUGACGCUGUAGAUUUUUCUAGUGACCAGUGUGAACUUUUGACAUUCAUUUUUUCAGUUCCACAUUAUUACCAAAAUAGAAUGAUCAUGUGACUAGCAUUAACAUUUUGGCCGGCGUACAUAGGACGGAUGUGCGUUACGCUUUCAUGUUCAUAAAAGUGGUUUUCUACAUAAAAAAGGAAUGCUUAACUGUUUUAGAAGUAUUGAAAUUGGGUGCAGAACACUAGAAUGUGUCAUGUAACUGUCAGUUUAAAAUUCACAAAAAAAUAAAAGCAUUGAAAUUGUC